GGCGGUGCUUGCAGCUCAAGUGGGUGCCAAUCAAAACAUCAACUUCAAAUUGUAUCUGAAAGAUCAGCCUAGGACCUAAGGGCAGACACAUCAGUUGGAGCUCAAUUGUUGAUCAGAUCACAUCUAAGGGAUUUAGGAGCACAGAAGAGCCGAGAUUUGAGGAAAGACACCCCACUGAAUCCUUCCACACUCCUCCUCCAUCCCUAGGUUGCAAUAUAUCUCUGACAGAAAGAAAUCAGAACGAAAAAAGAAAAUUAUCGGCUCGAUUUUUAUUCUCUCGCCCUGCCUGACUCCAGUAAAGAGAGGGGAGGGGGGGGAGGAAAAAAGAGAGAGAUCCAGAGAAGCCCGGGUUUGCUCCGCUCCCCUCCCCGGCUGUUCAGGCUCCCUCCUCCCCUUCGCUUUUUUUUUUUUUUUUUUUGUAAUUCCUCCCCCUCCCUCCCCCCAUUUUUUUCCAUAUUUCUGCCGCUUCUGCCGCCGCCGCCAGUGCCGCUGCCGCUGUGCCCGCGCCCCGGAGAUGUCCUUCCCCCAGCUGGGCUACCCGCAGUACCUCAGCGCCAGCCAGGCGGUGUACGGGAGCGACCGGCCCGGGGUACUGGCCGCCGCCGCAGCAGCCGCCGCCGCCGCCGCAGCCGCCUCGGGCCGGCCCGCGGGCGCCGAUCUGGGCAGCGGCUCGGCCGCUGUCACAUCGGUGCUGGGUAUGUACGCCAGCCCCUACAGCGCCCCCAACUACAGCGCCUUCCUGCCCUACACCGCCGACCUCGGCCUCUUCUCCCAAAUGGGCUCCCAGUACGAGCUGAAAGAUAAUCCGGGUGUCCACCCUGCUACCUUUGCUGCUCACACUGCCCCCGGCUAUUAUCCCUAUGGACAGUUCCAGUACGGCGAUCCGGGGAGGCCCAAAAACGCCACCCGGGAAAGCACCAGCACCCUCAAGGCCUGGCUCAACGAGCACCGUAAGAACCCCUACCCCACCAAAGGCGAGAAGAUCAUGCUGGCCAUUAUCACGAAGAUGACCCUCACCCAGGUCUCCACCUGGUUCGCCAACGCCCGUCGGCGGCUCAAGAAGGAGAACAAGGUGACCUGGGGCUCGAGGAGUAAGGACCAAGAAGAUGCAAACCUCUUCGGGAGUGACAAUGAGGGGGACCCCGAGAAGAACGAAGAUGAUGAGGAAAUCGACCUGGAGAGCAUAGAUAUAGAUAAAAUCGACGAGAACGAUGGGGAGCAAAGCAACGAGGAAGAGGAGGAGAAGCCCGAUCUCCUGAGACAAAGCAGUGAAGAGGAGCACUUGGAAAAGGAGAAGGAUUUGGCACUGUCGGGGUCUGAAGGGCUGAAACCCAAAGACGCACUGGCCAUGGUGAAGGAGGCCUCUGACAACAGUACGCAAAUCAUCAGUCCCGGGGGACAGAACAACCUACAGAUGCCACCUCACAGCAAACCCAAGAUUUGGUCUUUGGCAGAGACAGCAACCAGUCCCGAUGGGGCCCUGAAAUCUUCUCCUCCACCACCACCUCCUCCACAGGUUAACCACACUUCUCCACAGAUCCAGCACCCCGCUUUUCUCCCCAGCCAUGGACUCUACACAUGUCAGAUUGGCAAAUUUCACAACUGGACAAAUGGGGCUUUCCUCACUCAGAGUUCCCUGCUCAAUGUGAGGUCCUUUUUGGGAGUAAAUCACCACCACACUGCUCAUCACAAUCACCACCUCCAGGCCCAGCAACAAUCUUCUGUUUUAACAGCAACCUUGGGAGCCCUAAGCAGUGAAAAACCUUCGGAGAGGACCAGUCCCAAACACAUAGAAAGAGAAAAUGUACCAAGAACUGAGUCCCCACCUCAGCCGCUAAAAUCGCCCUUCCAGCCUGUCCGUGACAACUCUUUGGCUCAGCAAGAGGGAACACCGAGAAUUUUAACAGCUCUCCCUUCAGCUUGAUUAAAUGGUUUGGUGAAAAAAAAUAUUACAGAGACUGGUAUUAAGGACAGUUAAAAAAAAAAGAAAGAAAGAAAAAAAAAAAGAAAUAAAAGAGGAAACGAUAUAAAGGACUCCCAUCAAUCUCUUUUUGCAAUAAGGUGGUGCAAAUCCAUAAAAGCGAUUACACAAAUCUGUAGAUGGAUCCCUUUCUUCAUUGUACCAUUCCAGAUCGUGUUAUUCUAACCAUUCUUGGAUUAUUUGUUUGGUAAAUGUUCCCAUGUGUUUGUGUUUUUUCUGUAUAUAGAGUGAUUUCAGAUUGUAAAUAACGCGUCAGCAAAACUUGUCUAAAUCAUAUAUUUUUGUCUAAUAAACUAAAUGAAAUUAUGA